UUACUCUUUGGGUGCAGAAGUAUUGAUGUUAUAUCUAAUGUAGCUAAUGGAAGCCAACCUGAGAAAAAACGGGAUAAGAAGAAGAACAAGAAGACGAAGGUUGCAAAGGAUGGAGCCAGUAGUGUGAUUGACCAGGAUAAAUGUGUUGAUCAAUGCAAAAAUAUCAGUAAUGACGAUGUUGUUGAACAGAUCAAGCAAAUUAUUGAAGCAGUCGAAAUGGACACGUCUUUACUGCCAACAACUAAACAACAUGAAAGUCCGACUACUCGUAUAAACGAUGUAACUUCUGAUGUAGCUGAUGGAUUCCGAUCUGUGAAGAAACAUAGUAACAAGAAGGCCAAAGUUGGAGAUGAUGGAAUGAGUAGUGUGCCUGAGGCUGAUAGUACAAUGAAUGGAGUUCUCCCUCCAUCCCCCAAUGACAAGGGCACGGAUCCAGAGUCAGGUCAAUCUAGGAGCUUUUCAAAUGGAUUGAUAGUUGAAGACCUUGCAAAGGGUAAUCCUGAUGGAAGAGUUGCUACUACAGGAAGAAAGGUGAAAGUUCACUUUACUGGCAUGCUAUGGGAGAAUGGGCACACUUUUACCCCUUCAGGAGCUACUUUCAGAUUUUGCCUUGGUGAUAAAGGUGUACUUCCUGGAUGGAACAUUGGUAUUGAAGGUAUGCGUGUUGGCGACAAAAGGAGGCUUACCAUACCUCCACUAUUGGGUUAUGGAAGUGAAGGAUUUGGGGAGCAAAUACCGCCGAACUCGUGGUUGGUCUAUGACAUUGAGUUGGUAUCUGUCCAUCGCUGAUUUUUGAACUUUAAACGCUUCGGAUGUUGCAUACAAGUUUGCUUUUUGGUACAUGGAAAUAUCCCUCCAAUGCGGACAAUUGCAAGGUUUUUUUUUGGAAAGUUUUGUUUCGAGUUCUCUCCCUAUAAUCAAGGGAAAACAUAUUUAUCUAUGUAAAUGAAGUUUUACGCAUUUGAAUUGAAAAAGUGUGUUGUAUAAUCAUUCCUGAAGCAAACUAUAUGCAGAAGCAAUCAAAGUUGCAAAAACUUGUAGUAUUAUGCUCUAUUGAAGCUUGCAAGUCAAUUGUUUU